CUGCGGCUUACCGACGACUGCUCGGAACACAUGCAAUCACGUCCGUAAUACACCCGCAGCCUUCCAGGCAUCGCCAGGCCACGACUACUAGGACGCCGAGGACAGCUUGCUCCACCAGCGCACCCCCAUGGCCUCCGACUCAGGCAACGGCGGCGGCAACAGCUCGCAGUUCCUCACGUCGGGGAGCUCCGCGCUCAUCCUCGCAUUCCUCGCGAUCGGGCUCUUCGUCGGCGGGCUGCUCGUCAUGUUCGCGAUGCGGCGGUACGUCGUGCUCAGCCGCCGCAGGGCCGGGUUGUGGGAGCCCGCGGGCGCGGGCCCGUGGAACUGGGAGGACACGACGUACGGGAUGGAGCCGCUUUUCACGAUCACCGUCGGACGGAGUCUCCAGCGUAGGCAGGAGAGGGGGUUUGGUGCUCGGCCAGAGCUGCUGGACGUGCAUGCGGCCAAGGCCGCGAGCGAUAGUUGGGAGGACAUCAUGCCCGUCUCCGUCACGGAAGUAGUUGAACAGACACCAUCUGUGCCUGAACUCUCUGCACGAGAGCAGCACGACGCCGACAGAACGGAGGCUGUUGAUGUUCCCCCGGCGCACGCCUCGUCCGGAUACCUACGCCCCUUCGCCAUCGGCGUUCACGACUUUGUAACGCAAAUACGACCCUCGAGGCGGCGCACCUCUCCAUCUUCAUCUCCAUCUCCAACUCCCGCGCCAUCUACAGCCCUAUCGUCGUCCUCCCCACCACCUCCCGCGCUCGAGUCUUCUAUGUCCACGCCUGCGGGCGCAAGUGCCCCCUAUCUGCGCGUUGUGUUGGCGAUUGCGAUGCCCACACAGCAACGAUGUACAUCCGGUGUCCCGCAAUACGCCUUGGGAAUUUCUGACGUUAAAUGGAUUGGCGAACCUGCCGAAGAUCUACAGCGGGGAACGGGGGACGCUGGUACGGGUGGCUGAAGUUGUGCCAUGUCUGAUUAUUAUAUAUCUGUGACGAUUUUAGUGUAGAGUAUCUUGUAUCCGUGGCCCCCACUCUUCAACUUCA